GAAGAACAUCUCUCUCUUUUGCAAAAGAGGAAAAAAAUAAUUUAAAGCUUCUUCUGCAAUCUUCUCCUUCUGUUGAUUUUUUCUUUUAUAUCUCUCAAUCACACAGACCAAAAUCAAAUCACAAUCAAACUGAGAAAUGGAAUCACCACAGAAAACGAAAACCGGUUUAAACCUCCCCGCGGGGAUGAACCAAACCUCCUUACGUCUCGAGACAUUCUCAAGCUCGUUCCGGGGGAUCUCAACUCUCUCCUCACCUUCCAAAUCAACCUGCAGCGACAGAUUCAUCCCUUGCAGAUCGUCCUCGAGGCUCCACGCGUUCGAUCUGCAGGAUAAGGAGCCUACGACGCCGGUUAAAGAGGGAGGGAACGAAACGUACUCGAGACUUUUGAAAUCUGAGCUUUUCGGAUCUGAUUUCGUUUCUCCUUUGUCUUCUCCUGCAGGUGGUCAAGGAUCUGCGUCUUCUCCUAUGAGUCCGUGUACUAGUAACAUGUUGAGGUUCAAGACUGAUCGGUCGAAUUCGAGUCCUUGUUCUCCGUUCUCUCCUUCGAUUUUGGGGAAUGAUAAUGGUUUGUCUAGUGACUCUUCUCCGCCUCCUAAGCCGCCUCGCAAGGUUCCUAAAACUUCUCAUAAGGUAUUGGAUGCACCUUCUUUACAAGAUGACUUCUACUUGAACGUUGUGGACUGGAGCUCACAGAAUGUUCUUGCUGUGGGGCUUGGUACUUGUGUUUAUCUCUGGACUGCUUCAAAUAGCAAAGUGACGAAGUUAUGUGACCUGGGACCUAAUGAUAGCGUGUGUUCGCUUCAGUGGACACGUGAGGGUUCAUAUAUAUCUGUCGGUACAAGUCAUGGUCAGGUUCAGGUUUGGGAUGGAACACAGUGCAAGAGAGUUCGAACAAUGGGAGGUCAUCAAACGAGAACUGGUGUCUUAGCAUGGAACUCAAGGAUCUUAUCCUCAGGGAGUAGAGACAGAAACAUCCUCCAACAUGAUAUCCGAGUCCAGAGUGACUAUGUCAGCAAGCUGGUAGGGCACAAAUCUGAGGUCUGUGGGCUGAAAUGGUCUCAUGAUGAUAGGGAGCUUGCGUCUGGAGGCAACGAUAAUCAGUUGUUAGUGUGGAACAACCAUUCACAACAACCUAUUCUGAAGCUGACAGAGCAUACAGCAGCGGUUAAGGCGAUUACAUGGUCUCCUCAUCAGAGCAGCCUUCUUGCUUCAGGAGGUGGAACUGCAGACAGGUGCAUUAGAUUCUGGAACACGACAAACGGACAUCAGUUAAACAGCAUUGACACUGGAAGCCAGGUCUGCAAUCUGGCGUGGAGCAAGAAUGUUAAUGAGAUAGUGAGCACUCAUGGAUACUCUCAGAACCAAAUCAUGCUCUGGAAGUAUCCAUCCAUGGCAAAGGUUGCAACGCUUACAGGACACAGUAUGAGAGUACUAUACUUGGCUACAUCACCUGAUGGACAGACUAUAGUGACUGGAGCAGGAGAUGAGACCCUAAGGUUUUGGAAUGUCUUCCCUUCAGUGAAAAUGCAGACACCGGUGAGGGACACAGGCCUCUGGUCAUUAGGGAGGACACAAAUUCGAUAACAGUCAUGUUCUUCAACCUUUAAAUUUGUUAUUUUCAUUAUUGUGUAUGAGAGAGGAGACAUAUACUAUUGCACAGAGAGACAGAUAGAGAAGCUGCAAUGUAAUCCGCAAAAUAUGCAUUCUAUUUAUUUUAUUCUUUUCUGAUCAUUUCUAAACUAUAAAAGAAAAACAAGAGGUGCCAUUUUGAAUGAAAUGUUUUUUUUGUUUGUUUGUGAGUGAAAACCCUUGCAAAUCAAGUAGAUUUCUUGAGAUGAUGAUCUUGUAAGCUUUUGGCGUCUAGAACUAAAAGGAACAGUAAAC